GACAAUUGUAACUAUUAUUCUUUAAUAAACGAAUUUCAUAUUUAAUAUAUUAUGUAUUGUCUGAUUUGAGCGUCAUAACCUAAAUAACCUAUAACUAAAGUACACCGUUUAAAAAGUGUGGAACUCUUAACAAGAUUCUUUUUCGAUUGAAGUAAAGAUGACUACUUAUACCGUAAUAACGCCGGAGUUUAUCAAUUUAUGUAUUACCAGUUCUAGUCGAAAUUCAUGUUGCGUAGAACGCAGAUUUCAAAAAGGAAUAACAAUCGAUGAAUUUAAGGGAAAAUUGGAAUUGUUAACUGGUGGUAAUCCUGCAACAAUGAAGAUUGAAGUGUAUGAUAAAAAUGACAAACUAAUUUGUAAAUUAGAUGAUGGUCAACGUCUUUUAGGAUCAUACCCUAUCGAUGAUGGAAUGAAAAUAUUUGUAAUAGACAAUUUUUCUCGUACUGAGGAAAAUUUAAAUAAUAUUGAAAAAUUUGAAAUAUCUGAAGAAGAAUAUGCUAAACGAACAGAUACAGUAAAAGCAUUUUUGGAAAAAAAUAAAUUAGGAAAAUACAAUGAAGAAGAAAUGAAAAGAAAAGCAGAAGAAAAGAAACAAGAAGAAGAGGCAGAAGCAGCAGCUGCCCAGGCAUGCAAAAUUGGUGAUCGAUGUGAAGUUACUGUUCCAAAUCAACCAAAACGUAGAGCUACCAUUAUGUAUGUUGGUAAAACUGAUUUUAAAGAAGGUUGGUGGAUAGGGGUAAAAUAUGAUGAACCACUUGGCAAAAAUGAUGGAACAGUUAAUGGGAAAAAAUAUUUUGAGUGUUUACCAAAAUAUGGUGGAUUUGUGAAACCAAUGCAUGUGAAAGUAGGAAACUUUCCAGAAGAAGAAUUUGAUUUGGACGAGGAACUAUAAAGUUAAGACUGUGUCAUUAAUUUUUUCAUUUUAAAAAUUAGAUUUUAUAACAAAUCUGUAGUUAAUAUUUAUUACAUAUAAAAAUGCUU